CAGGGUGUUUGCUAGUUUGGUUCUACGGAGAAGGAACAGCGAAUGAUUACGAAAAAGGGAAAAACCACGAGGAAAUGGGAAACAAAAUCGAAACAUAUCUACCAGGCACCUAUCACAGGGCAAGGGCCGUUCGCAUGAUGGGCUUUUCGGGUCUGCCCAACAAGCGCAAACUCGACACAGUUAGAGACCCGAACGAGAUCUACAAAUCGGCCAAGCUCGGCGGCAGCAGCAACGGGAGGCACACACAAGUAGAGGAUGAGGACGAGGACAUGACCGAGGCCGGGCCGGCCCCUCCCCCAGAGGGAGAAGACGACGAUGACGGCGAAUACGGACCGACCGCACCACAGGACGACGAGGGCGACGACGAGGAAGGGCGCUUCUUCGGCGGAGGCAUCACGAGGCAGGAGGCCGAGGUGCUAGACUACGUCGAGGGCGCCGACAACGAGCCGGCGGCGGCCGACGAGAAGAUGGACGCGACCUGGCUGCGGCGCACGGCGCUGGCCUUCGAGAAGAAGAUCAACCGCAACGCCGAGCUGCGCGCGCGGCACGCCGACGAGCCCGCGCGCUUCAUCGACAGCGAGGCGGACCUGGACGCGGCCGUGCGCGCGCUCUCCAUCCUGGCCGAGCACCCGUCGCUGUACGGCGAGUUCGCGCGGCUCGGCUGCGCUGCCAGCCUGGCGUCGCUGCUGGCGCACGACAACGCCGACGUGGCGCUGGCCGCGAUCCAGAUCGUGGGCGAGCUGACGGGCGACGACCUGGGCGGCGGCGGCGGCGGCGCCGCCGCCGCCACCGACGCCGACUGGUCCGCCCUGGUGGAUGCCCUGCUCGCCGCCGACCUGCUACCGCUGCUCGUGUCCAACCUGGGCCGGCUCGACGAGUUCGGCGACGACGACGCCGACCGCGAGGGCGUCUACCGCAUCCUCGAGGUGACCGAGAACCUGUGCUCGCGGCCCGAGACUGCCGAGGUGGUGGCGCGGGACGAGCAGCUCGUGCGCUGGCUGCUCGCGCGCGCCGCCAAGGACGAAGGAGGAGGGGCCGCCGUGUCGCAAAACAAGCAGUACGCCGCCGAGAUGCUCGCCAUCCUGGCGCAGGCCGCGCCCGCCAACCGCGCCCGCCUGGCCGGGCUCGACGCGGUCGAGGCCCUGCUGCAGCUCGUGGCGCCCUACCGCGCCCGCGACCCGGACAAGGGCGACGAGGCCGAGUACAUGGAGAACCUGUUCGAGGCCCUCACGUGCAUCGUCGACGAGGACACGGGGCUGGGCCGCCAAAAGUUCGUCGAGGCCGAGGGCCACGCGCUGUGUCUUGUCCUGGCGCAGUCGUCGUCGUCGUCGUCGUCGGGCAAGAGCGCAAGGAAGGCCCGGACGCCCGCGCUCCGGCUGCUCGACCACGCCGUGAGCCGCUCGCGCGAGGCGGGCGUGUGCGAGCGCGUCGUCGAGUACGGCGGCCUCAAGACCCUCUUUACACUCUUUAUGAAGAUCAAGACGGGCAGUGGCGGCGGCGGCGGCGGCGACAGCGCGCGCGCGCUCGAGCACCUGAUAUCCAUCUUCUCGUGGAUGCUGCGCCUGCUGCCGGCCGAGUCGGCCGAGCGCGUGCGGACGCUGGCCAAGUUCGUCGAGAAGGACUACGAGAAGACGACGCGGCUGGCAGCGCUGCGGCGCGAGUACGCGACGCGCGUGGCCGCCGUCGACGCCGCAAUCGCGCGCGAGGCCGACGCCAUGGGCGCCGACGCCGCCGCCGACGACGCCGCCGCCGUUGACGGCUGGUUCUCGCGCCGGCUCGAUGCGGGACUCUUCUGCCUCCAGACCCUCGACGUCAUCCUCGCCUGGCUGGCGGCCGAGGACGCCGGCGUCGGCCGCAGGAUCGGGGAGCUGCUGGCGGACAAGGGCGGGACGGACGUGAUCAAGGCGAGCCUGAGGGAGCAGGCCGAGGGCGUGGACACCUCGACCGACGACGGGAAGGAGAUGCUCGACAUGCUAAAUACGCUUGCAGAUUGUAUCGACUAG